AAAUAUUUAUUUAUUGAAAGAUUUGGAGGUGUUGUAAAAAACUUUAUUGAUUGGGAUAAGGAAGAUGAAAUUAAAUAUGUCAAUUAUGAUAGUGAUUCAGAUUCAGAAAAUAUUGAUAAUAAUUUUUAUAAUUAA